AUGGCGGAGCCUCAGGAAGAGUUCCUGCGGCAGCUGUCCAGUGGAAUGCCUCCUGCAGGAGCUGGGGACUGUUGCGAAGCCUUGAAUGCAGCGGCUUCAGAUGUUGUGCUUCGCCGCUUUAGCAUCCAGAGUCUCAAGAGUCGGCGCAGCUCCGUAGACAAGCGCUCUGUGAGCUGCAUGGACGGGACAGAGGAAGCAGGUCUGGGGAGGGGCGAAGGCAUUUCUUACCAAGACUCCAAUGAACAGAACCCGACCUAUGAACGCCUUAAGGACCUUCCCUUCUGCCCGCCUGUCACCAUCACCUUCAAAGAUGUCUCCUUGAAAGUGAAUGUACCGAAGAGGUUCACCGGCGCCCUUUCCCUGCCCGUUUUGAACCAAAUUGCGUGCGCUGUGACGCCGCCGCAGACCAAGACUCUCCUUCAGGGAGUUGACGGGACCGUUCAACCGGGGGAAAUGGUUGCACUGAUGGGAGCCAGCGGGGCAGGGAAGUCGACGCUUCUCAAUGUUCUAAGCCGCCGCAUCGUUAGCAAUGGAGGGUCCGUUUUGUUCAACGGCAAGUCCUUGGGCUCGGUCGAAGUGAAGCGCCUGUGUUGUUUCAUACAACAAAGUGACAGCUUUUAUGGAUUCCUUACAGUACAGGAGCAUCUAGACUGCGUGGCAAGACUGCGGACUGGACAGAAGAAGGAACAAAGGUCGAAGCUGGUUGACCGUUUGGUGGAACUGUACGGCUUGACGAAAGUCAAGGACUCUAGAAUAGGGAACCUCCAAAUGGCAGCGAAGAGAGGUAUCAGUGGGGGGGAAAAGAAACGCUUGAAUAUUGCCACGGAAAUGAUGACGAGCCCGUCGGUAAUAUUUGCGGACGAGCCUACCACUGGUCUGGACUCCCUCAUAGCUGAAAACGUCAUGAGCAUUUUCAGACUGUUAGCGGAUCGAGGGAGAACGAUUAUAUGCACAAUUCACCAGCCGAGUUCGAACAUUUUCAACAUGUUCACAAAGGUGCUGCUGCUGAGUCGUGGCCGGUUGGUUUUCUACGGGGACCGCGAGGCAACUCUGCUCUACUUUUCGCGUUUAGGUCGACCCUGCCCACCGUUCACAAGCGUGCCAGAGUUCCUUCUUGAGCUUCUUGUCAAGCAGCAGCUUAACCUGGGCGAGCCUUCGGAAGAUUUAAGCGAUUUGACGCCGGAGAAGUAUGCAUGCAUCCCAAUAGUAAAGAGAACGCUAGUGGUGUUGGACUGGCAGAGCAUUGGGAAAGGACAGGCGCUGCCUUUCUUGCUGAUUGGUACGCAACUGCAAGUUAAUCCAGAUCCCGUGCUUUCCAGUGCUGCCACAGGAACGCGAGGGCCAGCUGACAUUGAAACGGAGCCAACGAAGGAAGCAUACGACAAAUACAAGCCCAGCUGGUCUGAAGAGCUGUUUACUUUGGUUCACCGGAGCUUCAUCAGUAACAGCCGGAACCCGCGGGCAUUUCAGGCGAGAGUUGGGCAGACUCUAGUGCUGGCCAUUAUCGCCGGUCUUAUUUUUCUACGGCUUUCUCCAGACAACUACUUGUCAAGAAGUGUGCUGCAUACGUUUACAAGUGACAAAGUUUUGGCUAUUCGAGAGUACCAGUCUGGCCUUUACCGUCUCUCGUCGUAUUAUUGUGGCAAGAUGAUCGCUGAUUUUUCCUUGCAGAUGAUCUUCCCCGUUGUUUUCGCAACAAUUGCAUGGUACAUGGUCGGCCUGAAUGAUGCGGCAGUGCGCUGGCUCUUGGCUUCAGUUCGCUUCGACGAUGAUCCCUAUAUUGUUCAUGCCUCUAGUCCUAAUGUCCGGAUUUAUGGUGAUUCUGUCAAGCAUGCCGGGGUUUUGGAUUUGGCUGCAGUACAUGUCGCCGUUUCGGUGGGGUUGGUCCGGCGUAAUGCACGCCGUUUGGGGUAA